AUGGCCGAGCCGAGCAACGGCUACUACGACUUCCUGAAGUCCCCGGCAGCGGAGAAGCCGAUCGCCGCGGCCGUCAGGAGGCCGCCGGAGGCGUUGCGGACAUUCCCCUGCACCUACUGCUCCCGCCGGUUCUUCACCUCCCAGGCCCUCGGAGGUCACCAGAACGCCCACAAGAAGGAGCGCGCUGCCGGCUCCCGCAAGCCCCCUGCCUCCUCCCCCUCCGCCUCCUCUACCGUCGUCACCACCGACACCGCCAUCCUCCACCAUCCUGGCCUGCCCCCCCGCCCCUCCCCUUCGUCCCCGUGGUUCGAGCCGCCGCCGCCCCAGCCCUACUUCUACGUCUACGGCCCGCCUCCGUUUCCUCCUCUUCCUCCAAUGUCCGCCCCAAUGGCCUCCACCGCCGCCGCCGCCGCCGCCGCCUCUGCCCCCGUCGACCUCGACCUUGAUCUCUCUCUCCAUCUUUAG